AUGCUCAUUCUCGUGGCUGGCGUGACUGGCAAUCUCGGCCAGAAGAUGAUCGACAGUCUUCAUUCCCGGGGCCAUCAAGUCCGUGGACUCGGACGUCACCCUUCCAAGCUCGACAUGUCUAGUCGAAAGAAACUGGAAAGCUUCAUACGAAGCGACAAUUACUACGACAUUACCGCCUUGGAUCGCGCUUGCAAGGGCGUCGACGCGGUCAUAUGCGUCUACACAGGCAUUCCCGAGUUAGCCCUCGAAGGUCAACUCCUCCUUCUACGCGCUGCCGAGCGAGCAGGCGUCAACAAGUAUGUAGCCUCUUCAUGGAACUAUAAUUGGAAGGACAUGCAGCUUGGCGUUCACGAAAGUUACGAUCCAUACAUUUGUUUCAGAAACCAGGUUGAACUCACCUCUGACCUUAAGCCCAUCUACUUCUUCACGGGCGUUUUGGCAGAAGUUCUGUUUUCGCUCCCUGGUCAUGGGGAUUUUAGCCCCGCUAACAAUGGUGUCUGGGACCCUGAGCGAAAGACCAUGGAUAUUUGGGGCACGGGAGAAGAAAUCUGGCACUGGACCGCAGAGCGCGAUGCGGCGGAGUUCACAGCUGCUGUUAUCGAGAGGGAUGAUGCAGCCGAGGGUGGGUUCUGGACGCUUUGCUCGGGGUCCGGUACCCUUGAGCAGAUCGCUGAGACAUAUGGAAAGGUCAGAGACUGUGAGGUGCAUGUUCAGAAGAAAGGCAAUUUGGAAGAAUUGCGUGAGAGAGCGUUGGAAGCUAGGAAGAAAGGGAAAAGGAAUAUGUUUUGGCCGCAUAUCGGUUGGUUCUACCAGUUGUUCACUGGUGAUGGGACAUGGUCUCUUGGAGAACUGGAUAACGAUAAACUCGAUGUCAAGGUUACAGGCUUGGAGGAGUUUUUACGCAACAACCCAGAGCUCUGA